CACGCGAGUCGAGUCACACGCGGUCGUGAGUCGUGAGGUUAGGAUACGCUGUUCAUUUCUCUGGUGGAAAGUCCCUAACGCGACAUCGGUGACGACGACGGCAGCGGCCAUUUUUGAGUCUUCCCGAUCCCGUCGUGGCGCAGGGACACGAAAUUAACGAAAUUCCGCGCGACCUGUCAGAUCUGUCAGUGGCUGUGAUCGACAAGCCAGACAAAGAGAGAGAGGGGGAAUUGUCGAAAAGGAGAGAGAGGGAGGGAAGAGAGAGAGAGUGAGUGAGAGAGGUGAAAGGGCGAGAAGAAAGGAAAAAAAGAGAAAAAGCAGCUUGGUAUCGCUGUGGUUACUGUGGUAUCGCGCGGGCGGGUAGCCGGACUCCGGAGUUGGCCAGAGUGCCCAAGAGUGCUAGUGUGUGCGUGCGUGCGUGCGUGUGUGUGCGUGUAUGUGCGUGUAUGUGUGCGGGUAGAGACUUGGCGCAAGCAGAGCUAUAUUCAUGGGGCUCGCGGCCGCGGACUAGCGAGCAGUCUCCGCCUUCACGGGACUCGACGGCGCCGUACGGAGGAUAGCAGAGUUCGUGUUUUGUAUUCGUCUGCGCUUGGUUUUCGUUGUGAAAUUUGGCACAAGUUGGCAGUCCAAGUGGAGAAACGAUGAAUGCCUCAGAACAUGGGUUUAACCCAGCCUUUAAUAUGGCCUCCAUAAAGCAGGCUUUCAAUGAGGCUGUGGAAAGAGUCUCGACAGUUAGAAUGCCUGCGCCGACGCGGCUGAGGGAUCUGAUCAGACAAAUACGGGCUGCACGAACAGCUGCGGAAGAGAGGACGGUUGUGAAUAAGGAAUGCGCGUAUAUUCGUUCAACGUUUAGGGAAGAAGACAGCGUGUGGAGAUGUCGUAACAUCGCUAAGCUAUUGUAUAUUCAUAUGCUGGGGUAUCCGGCGCACUUUGGUCAAUUGGAAUGUUUGAAGCUCAUCGCUUCGCCCAGAUUCACUGACAAACGAAUCGGUUACUUGGGAGCCAUGCUGUUGCUAGACGAACGGCAAGACGUACAUCUCUUAAUCACAAAUUGUUUAAAAAAUGACUUGAACAGUUCUACACAGUUCGUCAUCGGUUUGGCGUUGUGUACCCUCGGUGCGAUCGCGUCGCCGGAAAUGGCAAGGGAUCUGGCGUCCGAGGUAGAGAGAUUGAUGAAAUCGCCGAACGCAUACAUCCGAAAGAAAGCGGCGCUUUGCGCCUUUCGGAUCAUCAGACGCGUGCCGGAGUUGAUGGAGAUGUUUUUGCCGGCCACUCGCAGCCUCAUCACCGAGAAGAAUCACGGGGUCCUCAUCACCGGUGUCACUCUCAUCACGGAGAUGUGCGAGAACAGCAUGGACACGCUGAAUCAUUUCAAAAAGAUCGUGCCAAACCUCGUAAGAAUCUUGAAGAACCUGAUCCUAGCCGGAUACUCGCCCGAGCACGACGUAUCCGGAGUAUCAGAUCCGUUUCUUCAGGUGAAGAUACUGCGUCUUCUACGUAUUCUGGGACGUAACGACGUCGAUGCAUCCGAAGCUAUGAACGACAUUCUUGCUCAAGUCGCCACUAACACAGAAACCAGCAAAAAUGUUGGUAACACGAUACUCUACGAGACGGUUUUAUCGAUUAUGGACAUUAAAUCGGAGAGCGGGCUUCGAGUCUUAGCGGUCAACAUCCUGGGCAGAUUUUUAUUGAAUAACGACAAAAAUAUCAGAUACGUGGCUCUGAAUACGUUAUUGAAGACAGUUUAUGUGGACACCAGCGCGGUGCAGAGGCAUCGAUCGACAAUUCUAGAAUGCCUGAAAGACCCAGACGUAUCGAUCAGAAGGCGUGCGAUGGAGCUAAGCUUUGCGCUCGUCAAUUCUAACAAUAUCAGGAAUAUGAUGAAGGAGUUGCUCUUAUUUUUGGAACGUGCUGAUCCCGAAUUCAAGGCUCAAUGCAGCAGCAAUAUCGUUAUGUCCGCGGAGAGAUUUGCUCCGAACAAACGCUGGCAUCUCGAGACUCUCUUCAAAGUACUCGUCGCGGCUGGUAAUUAUGUGCGAGAUGACGUGGUGGCGUGCACGAUACAAUUAAUUUCGGAGACGCAGUCACAGCAGGGCUACGCCGUUAGUGCGUUGUGGUACGCGUUAGAAAAGGACACAUCCGACAAACAGCCUUUGGCGCAGGUUGCUACGUGGUGCAUCGGCGAAUACGGCGAUCUAUUGUUAUACGGUCCACCAUCGGAAGACGCCGAGACUCCAAUCAAUUUGACAGAAGACGAAAUCAUCGACGUGUAUCAGAGGUUACUCUGGAAUCUGCAGAACACUGUGAUCACAAAACAGUACACCUUGCUGUCUCUUACCAAAUUGAGCACAAGGUUCCAGAAAGGUCACGAGAAAAUUUGUCAGAUCAUAGAUACGUUUGGUAGCAAUUUACAUAUCGAAUUACAGCAGAGGGGCAUCGAGUUUUCACAGCUGUUUCGAAAGUACGAUCACCUGCGGCCCGCGUUGCUGGAGAGAAUGCCGCCGAUGGAAACCGCACGACCGCAGGCCAAUGGUAUCAUAGGCUUGGUGAACGGUGAACCAGAACCGGAAGACGAAAAGUCCACAAUGCUGGAAUCAGCCACUACUACAUCCGAUUCAAGUGCACUUUUAGAUUUACUUGGAACUACGGAUGUAGGAAUAACGAUGCCGGCGGCGACGACCAAUAAAAAUUCUUCAUCGAGUUCGACGACAGCGCAUAAUAAUGACCUGUUGGAUUUGCUUGGAAGUUUGGAUUUGAAUACGCCUACGUCUGUCGCUCCCACGUUACCACUUCAACCGCAGGCGUCAUCCGCAUCGAUGUUCAGUCCCACUAAUAACAGUAACUUCUUAGUAGAUGGAUUACUCAGUACUCCGACAGUGCAAAACGAACUACCAAGUAUGGUGGUCUUGGAUAAAUCAGGGCUCAAAAUAACGUUCAAAUUAGAAAGACCGCCCGAUAUCUCUGAUCUGUUAGUCAUAAAUAUGUUGGCUCAAAAUUCCGGAAGCACCAUUUUAACCGAUUUUUUGUUUCAAGCAGCAGUUCCUAGGACAUUCCAAUUACAAAUGUUGUCGCCGUCAAGUACUGUCAUUCCGCCGUCUGGUCAAGUAACUCAAGUCAUGAGAGUGACAAAUAUGAAUAGAGCACAAUUAAGGAUGAGAUUGCGUAUAUCGUAUACGGGCCCGACUGGAUCAGUUCUGGAACAAACGGAAGUCAAUAACUUUCCCAUUUCGACAUCACAGUGACAAGAUGUAAUACAAAAUACAUUUGUACAUAUGCCUGCCUAAAAAUAAUUAAUAGAGUUUUGAAAGCGAACUGAGAGGAAGGUGAAAGAAACGCAAUUUUUCUUCAUCAAGAACAGUGAAACAUACAACUUGACUACAUCUAAUA